GAGCAGCAAAAAUAUCGUUUAGAUGGCCGGGAAUGUUCUUUAACGUCUGGUAUACAGAGCAAUAUAAUAAUUUUUGGUGUAUAGUGCCCGAAAAUUUGCUAAAACUUUUAAUGAGCUCCAUGCGCGCAACGUUCACAGUGGAGGUCUGCAAACAGCCCACGAGAGUCCGUCAAAUAACAAGAUCAGCCUAAACACAAAAAAGAGGCAUAUGUAAUAUCGAAAAGUAGUGAACAAUACCGUUUCAAAAUGGCAGAUGAUCCACAGGUAGCGAAUGAAGCACAGGAAUCCACGAGAGAAUCGAUCACAGCAAAGAAGGGAUCCUUGACUCUCGCGUUCCUCGCUCUUCUUUGUUUUGGAGCUGGGGUGUUCAUCUUUGGAGCAGUGAUUUUCCUAAUCAUUCGAGAAAGGUGUAAUGAUUGCAAGCAGAGCUCAUUGGGAAAGAGUUUGUCUAUUGUUGCCUUUUCGUCGAUUGUCUUCGGUUUUGGCUUCCUGGGAGGUUAUUGCAAGAGAUCCAAAAAGUGCUUCACCCGUCCAGUUGCUGAGUUAGUUGUUGUCUCUGCGAUUCCAGCAGAAAAUCUGGAAAAAUCGCCUGCUCCUGUUCUGCAAGAUAACCAUGUUUCCCCACGUCAUUUGAACAUGAGUUCAGCCUCAGAUUUGCCUGAUUAUUUUACUGCCAUCAGAAAUAUUGAUGGUUUAUAUUCAGCUGCAGACGCCGAAGUUCGGUCGGAAGAUAUCCCCAAAACCCCGCCACCAUGUUAUGAAGAAGCGCUUAAAAUGCCUGCUUUAGCUAAUACGACAAUCUAAAAGGAUACGAGCAAUUUCAAAGAAGGAGUCAUCGAAAGUGAAGAAAUAAGCCUGGGAUAACUCUUAUCUCUUCAUUUCACUUCUUCAUAUUAUAUUUUGACCGUCCUACUUUGUAGAUUUUUAUCAAUUUUCGCGUGACUUAUGUUUUUUUUUAUUUGCGUACCAAACAUGCUAGGUCAAAGGUUAGCAAAAAAAGGUUAAAAAAAAUCAAGUAUUGACAAAAAGGUGAUUGAAUAGGCUUGCGGUUAGCACGCGCACAAAGGUGCACUUACUAAUGAUUAUUUUUUUAAUUCCAAAGAACGGUUCGCGCGUUUAAAAACGUGGAACUUGUCUCUUUGUAAAUGGUCCGAACUGUUCCCUGACGUACUGGAACCAAGCACCAGGAUAAAGUCGAUGAGGGACUAUGGAUACAGAGAUACUUCGCAACGAAGCAAUGAUAUCCAUUUUCUAUUAAUUUAUCAUCCACGUUAGGAUAACUGAGUAAUAUGCACUCUUCUGUUUUAAGAUGAACGCAUGUUAAGUUGUGUCUCAGCACAGGUAACCCACACUCGCACAAUGAGCCUCUUUAAAUAUGUAAAUAUAUCUUAGGAUUUGUAUCCGAAUGAACGGCCCCAUUAUCAAGCCAAAAACUGAACUUAUUUUGAAUAUAAACGAGGUAGCCUCCUUUUUGUGCAUUUUGUAAGUUUUCUGGGCUGAUUUACGACAGUUUACCUCGAGAGUUUUAAGUCCCCGUUUUUUUCUCUAUACAUAAAACUUUGAUAUAUUCAUUUUCAUAUUUUUCGGAGGCUCAAAGUGCAAGCAUGGGCUUGCUGUGGUCGCACGAAGUUGAAACUAUUAAUAAAGUUUAAACUCGAAGUCUUUCUUUCUUGACGUGACGUCACACUUUGAUUCACGGAUGACUUCCUGUUUGAUUUCAAAGCAAACAAAGUCUCAAUUA